CGCCAAAUCUAAACCCAGAAUCAGAGAUUAUCUAUCUUUUUCAGUUCCGCCAGUUUCUGCGAGACAGAGAGAAAAAAAAAAAAAAGUGAAGACGCCAUUUUCGCCCGAGAAAACACCCAAAAGCUUUGCCAAGAAAGCCAAGACCCACUUUGGAGACAGACUGCGAAUAUCCUCAGCCAUAGCCAUAGAGCGACCUUUCUCUCUUUAACCAUUAUUUGAAAGGUUUCUUCUUCUGGUUGUACAAUAUCCCAGAGGUACUUGUUUUAUACCUUAAUUUUUGUUUGAACGGGUGUUUGGAACUAUAUUUGGUUUGCGAAUUGAGGCAAUUUAUUGUUAAUUUUGAAUUUAUGGAACUUUUAGGGUUAUAGCGGUAGUUCUGUUUGUAGGUUUUUGGGUAAUUAGGGGGUGUUGAAAGAGAUGAAAGGCCGGUCGCAUCGUCUCCAGAGUUCUGACCCUCCUGAUGAUUGGGUUGAUGGUUCUUGGACUGUGGAUUGUGUAUGUGGUGUUAAUUUUGAUGAUGGAGAGGAGAUGGUUAAUUGUGAUGAGUGUGGUGUUUGGGUGCAUACACGGUGCUCUAAAUAUGUGAAGGGAGAUGAUAUAUUUGUUUGUGAUAAAUGUAAGAUCAGGAAUAGUAGGAAUGAGAGCGAAGAAACUGAGGUUGCACAAUUGUUGGUUGAGCUUCCUACUAAAACUGUUAGAAUAGAGGGUUCUUAUGCACCUAAUGGACCUCCUCGCCGUCCUUUUAGGCUUUGGACUGAUAUUCCAAUGGAGGAGAGAGUACAUGUUCAAGGAAUUCCUGGGGGUGAUCCUGCUCUGUUUGGUGGGUUACCUUCUGUGUUUACUCCAGAGCUGUGGAAGUGCACUGGCUAUGUACCCAAGAAGUUCAAUUUUCGAUAUAAGGAGUUCCCUUGCUGGGAUGAAAAGGAAGAUGAUGCUAAAUUGGAUGAUGACAAUGAGAAUCCUGUAGAUAAAGGGGCAGGUGUUCUGUUUUCUUUAUCGAAGGAGACUGUAUUUGCUGCUCCAAUGGCUGCUUUGGUUGGUUUGAGAGGGAGGGAUGAGGAAGCUGCCCGUGACCGAAAAUUGUCUUUGAAAGAGACAAAAAAGUGGGAGAGUGAGGGUCUUGAUGUUAGGCGUGCUCAGAAUGGGAUGAAGGAGAGUGGCCUAAUUCGGUCUGUGGUGUUAAAUUCUGGUAAGCGGAAGAAAGAUGAUUCGGGAACAUCUAAAGAUAAAAGUGGGAAGAGGAAAGCAAGAACUGCUGAGAAAGAGGUUGAUGCUUCUAACAGAAGAGGCUCACAUUCUUCUAGAACAGUGUUUACAUCAACAAGUGAUGCAAAACAAUUGCAAUUUUAUGAAGACAGAGCUCCAAAGUUUUCCAAAGGUGAAAGUCACAGUACAAAGAACAAGAAUUUGAAGGAAACUGUGGUUAGAGAUCCUGCAUCUGAUGGACGUCUUGCUCAUGGUAAUGCUGGAAAGCAUUCUACAGAAGUCUUAUCAUCUGACAUAUCUACACAAGAUUUUUCAAUUCGUACUGGAUCGAAGGAAGAGAAGGUUGGCCAUCAGUUUCCUGCCGUGAUAGAAAGAUCUCCUAAAGGUGAUGGUGCAGUUGGGUCAUCGUCUGGACAUGAUAAUACUGGAAAACUUCAUAUGAAAGCAGAGGGCACAACUGUUGGUAAGUUGGAUGAUGAUAGCCCUGAAGGAUCUGAUAAAAACAUUGGUCAACAUCUUGCUGAAAAUGUGCCUGGCAUUACACCUGAAAUUAAGGCCAAUCAGGCGCAAGAUUUUAGUGGUGAUGUUUUAUUGGUGUCUGAACAACCUAAUUUGGAAAUGAAAGAGGAAGAUCGUGAUGACAAAUCUGGGUCUCUGUUGAAUAUUCAAUCUUCUCCUUGUGGUGAUUCGAAAGAACCUGUAAUUUCUUCAGGUCACAUGUUGGAAUCUUCUAAAGUGUCAGAUGCCACAAUAAGCAGUUUGCAUUCCAGUGAUCAGAAGCUGGAACAUCUUGAUCGCAGUUUUAAAGCAGUUUGUGAUUCUCAUACAGAUAAGGGUGAUCAAUUAUUGGGUGAAACAGGUUUGUUGACCCUGCAGAAAAGUGCUUCAGUAGAGAAACAUAGUUCUGGGUUUCCUGAAGAGUAUUCUAAUCCAGGAGUAGCUAUGCCAAACUCUCAGGGAGUACCUAGUCAGCGUAAAUUGGUAGCUUGUUCCGGAAAAACUUCUUCCAGCUCAACCACUCUUUUGAUUCCUAAAUCAUCCACUUCUGACAAUAUUAAAUCUGUUGAUCUAAAUGCUAAUCCUAUUGCUAAACCACCAAUGACACCUGACAGUAAUGGCAAUACAAGGAAAGAUCGUGUCCGGGACGAAGAUAGGGUUGACUUCUCUAGGAAAAAUUUGAAAGAGCGUCCAAAAUCAUUAGUAAACACUGUUCCAAAGCCCGUGCAUUCAAGCAGGAGUUCACAUGAUUCUAUUUCCAAGAAAGCGACUACCGAAUCAAAAGAUAGCACACAUUGUGCUUCUUCCAAGACCUCUUCAACUCCGAUAAUUUCAGCUUCUAGUGAUCCUAGUGUAUCACUCCAUUAUCAGAGAGCUAUACAUACAAACAGUAGAAGUUCAGCUUCAGGGAUGCCGCCAAAAGUUGAAAAAUUUAACCAACCACCUUCACAGUCCUCGAAAAUGAAUCAAAAUCAUGUGCCAUCUGUGUGUCCACCUAUUUUAUCAAGUUCUCCAUCAACACUUAGUGAUGAGGAGCUUGCUUUACUACUACAUCAAGAACUCAACAGCUCUCCUCGAGUACCCCGUGUGCCACGUGUCCGCCAUGCUGGUAGUGUACCUCAGCCUUCUCCAACCCCAACAAGCAUGCUAAAUAAGCGGACAUCAAGUUCCGGAGCAAAAGAUAACAUUUCGGUUCCCAGAAGGAAAUUCAGAGAUGCUCCCAGAGAUGGCUUUCGUAGUUCCCGUGAGGUUGCUGACGAAGCUAAAAGAAUGGAAAAAGUUUCAUCCUCUCAUGAUGCAAAAAGACAAGAUACUGAUUAUUCUGCAGAGGCUUCUACCAAGAAGGAAGACAAUGGAUCUGCAGCUGCAGGGGAGACUGUCAAGAGGAAUAUACCUUCUAAUUCUGCUGCCACUACAAAUGGUGGGCCAUCUUCAUCGGCUGAGGCUAAUGAGCGCAAUUUGCCCUCUAUAAGAAGUUCACCUAGAAAUACCUCUGAUGAUGAUACUGGCACAGUUGGUGAUGGCCCUGUUAAUCGUACUUUACCAGGAUUGAUUAAUGAGAUUAUGAGCAAAGGCAAGCGUAUGACAUAUGAGGAGCUAUGUAAUGCUGUGUUGCCGCAUUGGCAUAACCUGAGGAAGCAUAAUGGAGAGCGUUAUGCUUAUGCAAGUCAUUCGCAGGCUGUUCUUGAUUGCUUAAGAAAUCGACAUGAAUGGGCCAGAUUGGUUGAUCGAGGUCCCAAGACAAAUUCAAGUAGGAAAAGACGCAAGCUUGAUGAGGAUUCUGAGGACAACGAGUAUGGAAAAGGAAAAACAACAAAUCAUGUGGAAAGCAAAAGCCUUGAAUCACAGAAAGAAGAGGUCCCUAAGGGCAAAAGAAAUGUGAGAAAACGAAGAAGACUCGUACUUCAAGGAAGAGGUGUAAGAGACAUCAGGAAGAGACGGAAAACUGAUAUACUCACAGAUGAGGACUUCGGAACUUCUUCAGAUUCCAGCGAAGAGAGCUUGACCAGCGGAAGUGAGAUGCAGGGAGGCCAAGCACGUCCGUGACGCCUCAGCUAGUUCAGACCAGACUGGGACUACGUAGUUCAGAGGCCUUUAUUCCAAUGUGAAUGAAGAUCCAGAUAGAGGCAGAAACAAAGCUUCUCAAGGAACACCACACAUUGUUAACCUCUUUGGUAGGACUCAUCUCGGGUUCAUGUUAGUUUACUUAUGAGCAUGGCUUACGACACCGUCUAAUCAGGUUGUUAGGUUGGAUCUGAAAAUUGUACAACACAUGAUGUAAAUAUGAAUUACAUUUGUUCUUCUUGAUAGUGAGAGAAUGUAUUGUGUUAGGAGAGAGCCUUUGUCUUUGUUGAGAAAGGGCAUAGAUAAGAUAAGAUAAAAGUCAUUAUCAUCAUUAUUAUUAAAGUAGAUGUAAAUUUUGACAAAUAAUUUCUUAUAUUGCUUUUGCUUCUCUCUGCCAA